UGUAUCAUUCCAACAGAUAACGCACAACUUCUUUGCUUGGCGUCAUGCUUGCCACUUUUAAUUUUCUGGCCCUUCUUGUGGGGUCAGCCGGCGCUGCAAAACUGAGCAACCAAGUAAUCGCCAAGACCAAGGAAGAGCUUGACUACAUUACGAAGGACAACUCAAAAUGCGAAGUUUGCAGGGUCGUUACGAACAAGCUCGGGGAUCAAUUUAUCGAAACGGGUCGCCACUACCAGGUAAUUGAAAAAGGGUACAAUUUUGAACUAAGAGACGCUGCACCUCAAUUGGACUACGGUAAGAGCCAGCUCCGCCUAAUCGAAUCAACGGAACGAACAUGUCUCCAACUGUUCCACGCUCACAUGGAAUAUGAGAAAAAGCUAAAUGACACCAAGAGGGCGUACAGAUACGAAGAGAUUCAGCUUUUCAAGGGAAAAUGCGACCAGUUUGUGGAACGGUGGGAAGAUGAGAUUGAGGUGUGGUACUUGGAGCAUGAAGGGUCCGGGAUGUCCUUGCAGGACUACUUGUGCAGGGGAGUGGUGUUAAAGCAAAGGAACAGCCAGACAUGCUUGGGGCCAAGAAAGAAGGUGAAGACGGUUGGACGCAAGAGACCGGACGUUGUGGAGUAUGAUCCAAGUCCUGGACAAAGUUUGGAGGAAGAUGAGCUAAUUAAUUAGGAAAACAACUAAGGAAAACAUUUACAUAUAUUGAUAUAUAAUUAAAUAUAUGUACACAUCUGCGUAUAUACAUGAUUUCAUGCUUAGCUAGCUGCGGCUAUUCAUAAUUGGCUUGCCCGUUAGGUAUGUACAUAUUCUUUAACAUUAUAAUUGUUCUCAGAUUCUUGUACAUACCUAUGUGUACGGUACACACAAACCUAUCUAUGUAUUCCUACGUGGCUUAUCGAAUUGUUUGGCAAAUAGUUUUCUUAAAUUAUGUGUAAAUCAUAUUUUUAUCAAAUGCGAAGCUAAGCAUAGCAUAGCAUGUUACACAUUCAUUGCUACAUAUAUGUACAAUCAUAAGUAAUUAAGCAAAUGUAGAUCACCUGUACAUUAACUAUUUCACUAUAUGACACUUAAAAUAAAUACAUAAAUCUUGAAUAUUUA